AUGGCGAGAUGUCAGACAAACUGCAUUGAGAAGCCCAUCUGCGUCGGGUUUGAAAUCAUAGGUCGCUUUAUUGGAGGGAACCCCUGGUGGUUUUUACUCAUCCCGAUGCUGGUGUCCGCUGCCCUCGGAGGAGGUUUUUAUUUUUUAAAAGAAAGAGAGGCGAACAAUAUCGAGGAACAAUUUACGCCCGUUAAUGGCAAGGCAAAGGCGGAAAGACAAUUUGUCCAGGAAAACUUUCCGCAAGACGAUUCAAUGUUUUCGAGUCAGAGACUAGACACUGAAGGGACUUACGCAUCCAUUAUAACCGUAUCUACGACCAACAUUUUAACCCAGGCAGCGUUUGAGGAAAUAAUACGUUUGUAUGAGAACGUUGUGCAGAUGAGUGUGCAGGUGGGAGAUCAACGGUUUACCUAUUUGCAGCUGUGCGCCAUUUCAAAUCACACUUGCUUUUCCAAUGCGAUACUAGACAUAGUUGACUACAACGCAAACAAUAUCGAAAACAUGAACAUCACAUUCCCAAUGUAUGAGUCUGCACGGGGCAAGUUAUUUCUGGGAUCCUCGGUUGGUGGCGUGGUGAUGGCCGAAAACUCAUCGGUCGUGAAACGGGCGCAGGCAAUACGGCUUUUCUUCUAUUUACGGGAAGAAAAUGAUACAUCGGUCAUGUGGCUAAAGGAAUUUAUUAAAAUGUUUUCGAAUAUGACAAUGCCAAAUGUGACGGUGUCAUACUUUACUUCGAUAUCAAGGCAGGAGGAAUUCGAGAAAAAUUCAAAGACUGUUAUUCCCCUAUUUGCAGCCACAUAUGUCCUCGCCAUUUCGUUCUCCAUUGUGUCUUGCUUGAGGCUGGAUAACGUGAGGAACAAGGUGUGGGUGGCCACGAUCGGAGUGCUGUCCGCAGGCUUGGCUGUGCUGUCUAGUUUUGGGCUGUUGUUGUACAUUGGUGUGCCUUUUGUCAUGACUGUGGCCACCUCUCCUUUCUUGAUUCUAGGUAUCGGUGUGGACGACAUGUUCAUACUCAUCUCCUGCUGGCAGCAGACUAACGUGCACGACAGAGUUAAGGACCGCCUGGCGGACACCUACAAGGAAGCGGCCGUCUCCAUCACCAUCACCACGCUGACGGACGCCUUGGCCUUCUACAUCGGGGCCAUGACCCACUUCCGCUCGGUGCAGUCUUUCUGCCUCUACACCGGCACGGCUGUCGUCUUCUGCUAUAUCUACAGCAUCACGUUCUUCGGUGCGUUUCUGGCUCUGAACGGAAGGAGGGAGGAGAGCAACAGGCACUGGCUGACCUGCAUGAAGGUCCCGGUGGAAUGCCCCCCAGAGCGUUCCGGAUGGUACCGUGCCUGCUGCGUGGGAGGGGCCUACGAUGAAAAGACAAAUACUGAGAAAGUACAUCCAAUGAACAGCUUCUUUAAGAACUACUAUGGCCCCUUUCUGACAAACCUGUGGACCAAAUUGUUUGUUGUCUUGGUCUACGCUGGAUACUUGACAGUUAGUAUUUAUGGGUGCGUCAAGUUAGAGGAGGGGAUAGACCUUCGAAAUUUGGCAUCUGACAAUUCAUAUGUUGUCGGCUAUUAUAAUAAUGAAGAUAAGUAUUUUCGUAGGUAUGGUCCAAAUGUAAUGGUUGUUGUAAAAACUGAAUUUACUGAGUACUGGAAUGUAACAGAACGGAACACACUUAACAAUUGCAUGAAAGAUUUUCAAGACCUAAUUUAUGUCGACCAGGGCAAUUUCACAUCCUGGCUUGACGCAUAUACAGCAUAUUCAGAAAAGUUACACAUAAACAUAACUGAUGAAACUACAUUUAAAGAAGGCCUUGUUUCCUUUCUUGAUAAUGUUGCAGUGUUUAGGCAAGAUUUGAACUUCACUAACAAUAAGAUAUAUGCCUCCCGUUUUUUUAUUCAGACCAUAAAUAUCAGCAGUUCAGAAGAUGAAAAGAACAUGUUGAAUGAGCUUAGAGACACAGCCAGUGAGUGCCAAGUUUCUUUGCUGGUUUAUCACCCUGCAUUUAUCUACUAUGAUCAAUAUGCAGUUAUAGUCAGAGACACCAUUCAGAACAUGCUGGUGGCCACAAUUGUGAUGCUGGGUAUUUCCCUCUUGUUGAUUCCAAACCCUCUCUGCUCUCUGUGGGUGACGUUUGCCAUCGUCUCCGUAAUAGUGGGCGUGGCUGGUUUCAUGACGCUGUGGGAGGUGAACCUCGACUCCAUAUCGAUGAUCAAUCUCGUCAUCUGCAUUGGCUUCUCGGUGGACUUCUCUGCGCACAUCUCCUAUGCCUUUGUCUCAAACAGCAAGUCCAGUCUCAAUGAGAAGGCCAUUGAUUCUCUCUUUACCCUGGGCUAUCCCAUUGUGCAGGGGGCUGUUUCCACCAUACUGGGGGUGGCGGUGCUGUCUGCAGCAGAGAGCUACAUCUUCAGAACCUUCUUCAAGAUCAUGUUCCUGGUUAUCCUCUUUGGGCUGGUCCACGGCAUCACUUUUAUUCCUGUGUUCUUGACCUUCUUCGGGAUUUGCAGCAAAUGA